AUGGAUGAGAAGGUGGAACCGGCUAUACAGGCGCCCUCUCAAGAGGUGGCCUUCAACACUCUCAUCAAGCCGCAGGCUCGCGAGCCGUACGACUCCAGUGUCACUUUCGAUGAAUAUUCCUUCUAUGCACAGAAGACACGAGCAGAGGAGCUGACUUUGGAGUCGCCCGUUCUCAACAUACGACGUGUCCUCGGAGGAAAGCGUGGAGCUCACGAUGAUGACAACCAGGUCACUACUCAUCUUACUGCGGGUGACUUUACGCAUCGUGAAAGAAGACUGCUGAUCACCGAUGAAGAGUGGACUAAUGCAAGCCGGGCAUUCAGAUCCGCUUCGUGGGGAGCCUGCUUCUUUCUUAUCACCACCGACAUCAUGGGGCCGUAUAGCACUGGCUUUACGAUGGGCACACUUGGAUGGGGGCCAGGUAUCGCAUUCUACACCGUCUUUGGUAUCAUGGCUGGAUAUUCGGGGUAUCUAAUUUGGCGAGUCUUCCUUGGCGUGGACAGCUAUGAGUAUCCCGCAAAGAACUACGGAGAUCUUGGUUUCCGAACACUUGGGCGAUUUGGUCGCUACAUUACAAAUAUCUGCCAGGGAAUCUCUCUGCUCUUAAUUGUUGGACAAGUCACGAUCUUAUUCGGCCAGAACAUCUCCCAAAUGUCAAAGUUCCGCCUCUGUUAUGCGGUCUGCCCGGCCAUCUUUGCGUGCGCUGGCUUUGUCGUCACCCAGGUUCGCACUCUGAGAAACUAUGGUUGGUUUGCAAAUGUUGCUGUUUGGAUGAACCUAUUCGUCGUGUUCAUGUCGAUUGGUGUUAUGGCCAAUUCGCCCCCAAACUAUCACAUCUCCACCCUAGGCUCUGCAGGUAGUGCGGUAGAUCCGGAAACCAUCAAGCCUGACAAAGCCGGCAAUUACCCUCCAAUCAUUCAUUACAACACCAUUCCCUCUGAUGGACUGAUCGGUGCAAUCAAUGGGAUGCUUUCCGGAGUGACCGCAUAUGCAGGCGCGCAAUUGUUCGUGGAAUUCCUGGCUGAGAUGAAACGACCCCGGGACUUUAUCAAGGCGAUGUGGGGCGCGCAAUUCUUCAUCUAUGCUGUUUAUCUCACGUAUGGCUGUGUGGUGUAUCACCUGCAAGGACAGUACAGCUACAAUCCAAGCUACCAAGGUGUCAGUAUUUACGCAUGGCAGACUGUGGGUAACAUGGUGUCCCUUCUCGCAGCUUUGAUCUCAGGAGGUCUUUAUGGCAACAUUGGUAUCAAGGUGUUUUACAACAACGUUCUGCUUGAUAUCUUCAAAGCUCCUCCUCUCACUACUCGGACUGGAAAGUUCAUCUACGCGGUCUUGGUUCCUCUUUGGUGGAUCAUUGCAUUCAUUAUCGCAGCGGCUAUUCCCGAUUUCUUUGGAUUUGUCAGUGUGGUCGCGGCCUCUAUGCUUUUGAACCUGACAUACGCUUUCCCUCCCCUCUUUGCGUUAUGUUUUGACAUUCAGAAGAACGCUAUUCAUGACGCAGAUGGUGAAGGAUUCAAUCCCGUGACUGGACGCGUGUCCAGAAGCGAUACUGCCGCUAGAAGAUGGAUUCGAGGCUUUAUGGCUGGCGGCCCGUUUCAAGUCGCUGUCAAUAUCUGGCACGUUAUCUACUUCUUGGCAGCUCUCGCCAUGAGUGGGCUUGGCAUGUACGCGGCUAUUGUUGGUCUCAUUGAUGCCUUCAAGAUUCCGCAGUUGACAUCGUUCUCCUGCGUAUCUCCCCUGAACUUGGUUUAG